AUGAAUUCAGUGAGGCCAGAGAUAGUUGAGCUAGUAUUUCAAGUCCGUAAAAAGAAGCGGUACAUUCAUCGUGACCGAGAAGAAAGCCAUUAUCAGCUAAUGAAAGACUACUUCAACGAGAAUUACACAUAUCCACCCGGAGUACUUUUACAGGCGAUUCAGGAUGCGACGAGAACUUUUCUUCGUAUCCUUAAUGAUGUCAAAGCUUAUGAUGACUACUUUGUCCAAAAAAAGGAUACGACUAGUCGUCUGGGGUUAUCUUCUAUACAGAAGAUGACAACUGUUGUUUGUAUACUCGCAUAUGGCUGUGCAGCCGAUCACUGUGAUGAAUAUAUUAAAAUCGGCGAAAGCACUGCCAUUAAAUGCUUGAAGGUAUUUUGUAAUGCUAUUGUUGCUGUGUAUGCGGAGGAGUAUAUGUGUCCACCCAACGAAGCCGACAUAGCAUGGCUGUUUGAAGAAGAUGAGCAGAGAGGAUUUCCAGUAUUCAACGGUAUCGUCAAUGACCAAUUACCUUCGGUUAAUUAUGUAGUGAAUGAAUAUCACUAUAGAAUGUGGUAUUACCUGUCUGAGGGUAUAUAUUUUAAGUGGACAACUAUGAUGCAGACCAUCUCGCACCCAACCACUAUAAAAGAAAAAUUGUUUGCUCAACGACAAGAGGCAUGCAGGAAAGAUAUGGAAUGGGCUUUUGGGGUAUUGCAGAUCAAGUGGGCAACAAUGCAAGGACCGGUGCGUUACUGGGAGAAAGAUGACUUGGGCCUCAUAAUGAAAACGUGCAUCAUACUUCAUAAUAUGAUCAUUGAAGAUGAAUGUUACGCAAAUGUUGGAAGAUGA